AUGUCGUCGACCACCCCCAAGCUGGCGACCGAGCUUACCAGCGGCGAGACCCUAGGACUGGCCGCGCUCUCCAUCGCAUGCGUCUCCAUUCUCGCCAACACCUUUCGCGGCGAUGGCGAGGCUCUGAUCGCCUCGCUCGCCCUCAGCGGCCUAGCCUUUGCCGCGAGCUAUGCCAUGAUACGCUGGCUGGGCCCGACCUUUAUUCGCGCCGGUCUCAGGGGCCGCGACAUGUCAAAGGUGAACAACAAGCAGGAGCUUCCAGAGUGCAUGGGAGCCAUUUGCGCCGUCGUCUACCUCAUCAUCAUCAUGAUCUUUAUCCCGUUUCCCUUUUACAAGGACAUAGUGGUUGCCACUAGUGGUGGCGGAAAUCGAGAUGUUGUCAUGAAUGUCGAGUAUGUGCAACAGGGACGAUUGCUGCACAAGUUCCCGCAUAGCAAGCUGGCCUCUUUCCUAUCGGCCAUCAUUUCACUACAGUCCAUUUCCAUCCUCGGUAUUGGCGACGAUCUCUUCGACAUUCGAUGGCGACACAAGUUCUUCAUUCCGGCCUUUGCCUCGAUACCCCUCCUCGUCAUCUACUUUGUCGAUUUCGGCGUCACGUCCAUCGUUCUGCCCACCUUCUUGCAGCCCUACGCCGGUCGCGAGCUGCUCGACCUCGGUUUUCUCUACUAUGGCUACAUGGCCGCCUUCUGCAUCUUUAGUCCCAAUAGUAUCAACAUUUUGGCGGGUAUCAAUGGCAUCGAGGUUCUCCAGUCCAUAGUCAUUGCGCUGCUGCUGGUCUUCAACGAUGUUUUGUACCUGAUCACGCCCUACCCGCACCCGGCGACCGACUCCCACUUGUUCUCGCUCUACUUCCUACUGCCAUUCCUCGGUGUCUCGUUCGCCCUGCUCUGGCACAACAAGUACCCGGCUCGCGUCUUUGUCGGCGAUACCUACUGCUAUUUUGCCGGCAUGGUCUUUGUCGUCGUAUCGAUUCUCGGCCACUUUUCCAAGACGCUGCUGCUCCUCAUGAUCCCCCAGGUCUUCAACUUUUGCUACUCGGUCCCGCAGCUCUUUGGCCUGAUCCCGUGCCCGCGCCACCGCCUGCCACACUUCAACGCUCGCACCGGCCUGCUCGAGCCCUCGGUCACGCGCUGGGAGGCCGACUUUCAGAAGCAGCCCCAUCCCCUCGUUGCUACUGUCAUCCGCCUCCUGGGCAAGCUGCGUCUCCUGCGCGUUGUCGAGGAUAAGGAGACGGGCAAGAUUCUCGAGACCACCAACUUUACCAUUUUGAACCUCUGGCUCGUCUGGCGCGGCCCUCUGCGCGAAGACCGCCUCGCCUGGGAGAUCACGGCUAUGCAGGUCGCCGUUGGCUUCUUUGGCCUCUUUGUGCGCCACCGUCUGGCCUUGCUCGUCUUUAGAGAGGAUAACCUCGGCAUGGGGCUUGGAGUCUAG